AUGAAGCACGCCCUGCUCUUGCUGCUGCUGGCCAUUGGGUUCCGGGAACAGCCCGUGGCGCAUCAGGCACCAGCCCAACAGACACGUCCCGGCUGCAACUAUGCGUACUGGUCGUACUAUCCCGCGUACACCGUCGGCGGCUUCCAAUACCAGCCGCAGUCCGGCUACUACCAACCGCAGUCCGGCCACUACCAGCCGCAGUCCGGCUAUUACCAACCACAGUCCGGCCACUACCAGCCGCAGUCCGGCUACUACCAACCGCAGUCCGGCUACUACCAACCGCAGUCCGGCUAUUACCAACCGCAGUCCGGCUAUUACCAACCGCAGUCCGGCUACUACCCCCCGCAUGGCUAUUCGUAUGAGUAUCAACACCGGCAGCACCAGCAGCAUGGGACGUACGGUUACGCAGCACACUACCCGUCCGUGCUGCCUUAUCCGUACCCGUUGCCUCUUCCGCCCCCACCACCACUCCCGCCGCAUUCGCCUGGCCCCUGGAUCCCUGGCCCCAGUCAUCCACCAGUUCCUCCGCCGCCUCCCGCGCCCAAAAACGUGGAUCCUUUUCCUGGAAAGUUCCUUGGAAUGGGCUCCGUGCGCUAUGUCAACGGGGCAAGGGACGUGGAGCUGAUCUGCAAUCUGCAAGGCGACAAGAUCGUGUCGAAUGUGGUAUGGGUGAAAGCAACGAACACCCCUCGCCAGCCGCCAGCUUCCUGGCAGCCCCCAUGCCACACCUGCGGCCCUUGCUUCUGCCCUGUGCCGACUUGCACGUACCAGCCGAUCGACUACAGUAGCCGGCGGCUCUUCGCUGACGCGCACGGACCGCAGGCCGUUCUACACAUCUACGGGGUGGAGCCCGGCGACUAUGGGGUCUACCGCUGCAGUGCGACCAGCUUGCGAUCCGGCUCAGCUAUGGGAGACACCGAAACCGUUUACCAGAUAGUCGAAUUUACUGGCUAGAUUUGCAUGACAGCUGCGGAAGCCUUUUAACACCAGCUGGGAAAUCGUUAAAGAGGAGCUCCUCCGUGAAUUCGCACAUUUUAAACAAAAUACAUUAUCCGAAAGACAGUGACAAACUACGCAAAAAAAAUUGCAGUUAAUUUACCUGACUUUUGUUUGCAAAUUUUAAUAUAAGAAAUUAACUGAAACUGAAACUAUUUACCGACUUGACAGGCCCGCCACCCCACCUGGCAUUGCCGUGUUGUGACGUCAAGGUUUAUGGCAACACGUGGAUGCGGAUAGUUGGAUUUCCCCCAAUCUGCGUGCAUGGAGUACGACCAGGGUGAUUAAAAUGGGGUUUUGUGAUGACCAAAA